AUGGAACGCAACCACGGAGAAACCAGUUUCAAUGCUGCUACUAAUGUAUUCCCGGGCGAAUGCACCGAGUUUAGUGAUCUGCUAGACCAGGCCGGCUUUUCUGGCCUUGGCUUCGCCUCGCAGAAUCCGUUCAGUAAUGCAGUCAAUCCUCAAUUAUUGCACCCAGUCUCGGGCUUAGGAGAAGUCCCAGGAGUCAACUCAUAUUCUCCGUUCGGAUCCACCGAAAUUGUUGGUUCCGUCGUAUCGGAUGCGCGGGCUGAAACAAGUACUAUCUCAAACCCACCGCCUAAGACUGGGAAGCGACUCUCUCUUAACUCAGUCCGCAUUCUCAACAAAUGGCUCUUGAAUCAUACACAUCACCCUUAUCCCAGCGUCCGAGAUGUCGAGGCGAUCGAGAGGCAGACAGGCUUGACUCGACAACAAAUCUUGAACUGGUUCGCCAAUGCUCGUCGUAGAAAGAAGUUCAACCCGCCAGAAACAACAGAUACAAGUUCGGCAGAGGCUAGCCCCCGUGACAUACCCCUACGUCGGCCACCUACACCGAUCGUCCAACAAAGUCCACUCGAGCGAUGGGAGAAUUCACCACCUGAAGACGAGCCAUCCACCAUGGCCGCUAUUGCAAGGGCGGUAUCGGGCGCGAGUGAUUCCAUCAACCAACCCCACAGCACGCCAACGAGACACGGCAGGGCACCAUCAUCGACCGGUACCUGGGCGACAACUGAUACUUCUGAUUCAAGUCGAAGCUCUAAAGCCUCGGGCUACUCAUAUACAUCCAAUCGGUCACUCAACAGAGUCAUCAAGAAGCGUCGGCGAGGAGGUCUACGGACCAGAAGUGAUGACAAGAGAGGUCUCUCUGUUGCUUGCCAUCGCUUUCAAUGUACCUUCUGCACUGAGACGUUCAAGUUGAAACAUACGUGGUCCAGACACGAGAAGACACAACACCUGUCUCUUGAGCAAUGGGAGUGUUCCCCUCUCGGCCCAACAGCUGUCAACGAGAAUUCUGAGACUGUCUGUGUUUAUUGCGGUUUUGGGGACCCAGAUGAAUCUCACUUCGAGGAGCAUAAUCAUGACCUGUGCCGUAAACGUGAAAGAGGAGAGCGGAUAUUCUACAGAAAGGAUCAUCUACGACAACACCUUCGCCUCGUCCACGGAUCGGAAUUCAUGAAGUGGCCAAUGGAGGAAUGGAAGUCUAAACAUGAGGAUAUCAUAUCACGUUGCGGUUUCUGUGAUAUUACUAUGACGACAUGGUCUGAGCGGGUGAAUCAUCUAGCGGGGCAUUUCAAGGAGGGGAAGACCAUGGCAGAUUGGAGAGGGAACUGGGGAUUUGAUGCUGCAACGCUAGAUAUGGUGGAGAAUCACAUGCCCCCGUACCUCAUUGAUUACGAGCGCAACUCGCCUCUUCCGUUUUCUACGCAACAGGGUGCACCGUAUAGUUCAACAAGCGCCUUUGAACUACUACAAUUGGAGCUCGACUACUUCUACUUUAACUAUACCGACAUCAAUCAUUGCAUUCCAUCUCAUGAGACUCUUCAUCUUGAAGCCUGCUGCAUCAUCUUCGGAGCGGAAAUGAACUACCAACACCCUGCAACGGCAACAUCCUGGCUUCGCGAUCUCAUAAUGAGCACACAAGAUAUCAUCAACAAAGCACGAAUGACGCCUAUGAAGAGUGCAGCUAGGUCGAGGUUCUCAGAGUUGAAGAUUCAUAGCAAGAAAGAUAUCUUUGAGGACUGCAAGCUUGAGACGGCGCUGAGGCAGUAUGUUGAUAUGCUCCAGUUGUUAAACCUGGAGAUUGGAGAUGUCGAGUUACAGACGGAGGCUUGUUCCAUCAUCAACCAUAUGCCUGAUGCUUCGCCUAUGUUCAGUCAGCUGUUGAUUGGGUUGGUUUAUCGGUCAACAAGGUGGCUGGCUUCGUUCCGAGAGAGAGUAGGACUGCCGCCAUCUGAAGUUGUUUCAUCAAACACACAAGAAGGCCUUAUUUCUCCUCUACUUUCAGCCAGUCCUUUUCCCGCUAUAUCCAGUGGCGACCAUGAGCAUUGGAUACCACCGAACAUUCCCAGCUCCCCACAUAUAUCUCAUGGACAGAAGAUCGUGUCGCUGAAUGACGGCAACAUGUACAGAGGUCUGACCAGAGACUUGACCCGCUACGUUGCGAGAACCAUUUCGCCUCUGAAUCCAACAAGUCACAUCCCAACUGACGAAGAACUUCAAUACCAAGCACGUUGGAUUAUGUACGACAGUCACGACGUAUGGAAUCAGACUCCAGCGGAUAAUCUGGACUGGCUGACCGAGUUCAAGAGAGACUCUGGCUUCUUCUAG